AUGAAGGCGUCAACAUCUUCAUCCAAUGAUAAGAACUCAACAUCUUUAUCAAAUGAUAAAAAAUCGACAUCAUCAUUCAAUGAUAAAAAAUCGACAAUACAACAACCAUCUGAAGAUAAUUCGAUAAAGGCAUCAUCAUCAUCUCAACAAGGAACUUCACCCAAAGUAAUGAUGGAUUACGUCACAGUUACUCAAAAAAUAGUUAGUAAAACAAAGACAGUUACCAAAAGUUUUGGAUCACGACAAGAUUCUAAUGAUCAACAAAAUAGGCUUAAUAAUUAUACAUCACAACGAUCACAACCUUUACAAUAUUCAUUAAGAUCACCAUCAUCUUCAACAUCUACUUUUAAUUCAUCACAAAUUACAUCACUUCCUAAAUUUUCUACAAUGACAUCUUCAAC